AGCGUUGCUAUGGGUGACAGGCUGUGCGCUUCCUUGGCCCAGACCGGGCUUCCUGCGCGCCAUUUUCGAACCGCUCCUCCGCCCGCCGCUGUGUCCUCUGACCAGUGCCAGCUUCCUGAGCAUGUCACCUAGCAACCCCUCUCCGGACACUGUGAGGAAGACGGGAGCGCUGUGACGGGCUGGACACUCCACUGCCUGCUGUGAAUGAAAUUGAGUCCUUGAGACUCAAUAAGAGCUUCUACAAUGAGCACUGCCGCAGAAAGAAAAUUUAUUAACCUCCGCAAGCGCCUGGACCAGCUGGGCUACAAGCAACCACUAGGCAUUGAGUCUUUACCUCUAGUUGAAAAACUCUUCAGUGACCUCGUUCAUACUACAGAGAGCCUUCGCAAUGCUAAGUUAAGCGUAAGCAAAAAUGAGAAGGAGAAUAAGAAUUUUGACUCUGUGGUAGAACCGUACAAGGCAGAAAAUGCUAGACUUGUCAGGGAAAACAAUGAGCUACACUUGGAACUCCUGAAGAUCAAAGAAGAAUCAGAUCGACACAUUAAAGACUUGAAAGCUUCUCUAAGAAAACUUGAAAACCAGACAGCUGACCUGAAAUUUUUAAAUAAUCAAUAUGUCCAUAAGAUUCGGUCAAUGGAAAAAGAGAGUAAAGCCAAAACGGAAAGGAUUCAGCAGCUGCAAGAGAAGAACCUGCAAGCUGUAGUGCAAACACCAGGUGGAAAGAAGAGAAACAUUCCUUUUAGGCGUCAGCGCAUGCAGAUCGACCAACCCAUCCCACCAUCUGGUAUGAGCAGCCACCCUGUACCGCAGCCAGAAGAUCCAUAUGUUGCUGAUCUGCUGCAAGUUGCUGAUGAUAGAAUUCGGGAACUUCAACAGGACGUGGCAUCUUUACGACAAAAGCUGGACACCUCUGAGAAAGCAGUUAACCAUUUCAAUCAGAAGGUUGAAUUAAGAGACAAAGAAGUAGAGCGGUUGGCAUUGGCUCUGGAUGGAGGACGAUCUCAUGAUGUCAUCUCUCUUGAAGCUAGAUACAGAAGUAAUGAGAAACUUGUGGCCCAUCUAAACCUUCAGAUUGAAUACCUCCAGAAAGCUAAUGGAGACCUUGAAAAACGUGUCCAAGAGUUGUUGGAAACCCGACAGAAUGUGACCAGUGAGGUGCUCAAUCUAAGCAGCAAGAACGAGGAACUAUGUAAAGAGCUGUCGGAGAUUGACCAUAUGGCACACCAACUAGAGAGAGACAAAGAAAUGGCACUAGAGACUGCAGAUGCUGAGAUUGAAGAAGCAAAGAAUGAAAUAAAGAGACUACAGACGGAAAUCCAUAAACUUGAAAGCACUUUGGCACAAUACAGAUCUGACCUGAACACUUGUGAAUUUGAGAAAAACAAACUUGCCGAUGAGCUAGAAAGUAGAAAAGAGGAAUGUCGCAAGUUCGAGUCCCUCUUAAACCACUUGGAAAAUGAAAAGCAGCGGCUUUCUAAUAAACUUGAAAAACAGAUGGUGACAGAACGAGAGCUUGUGCUAGAAGUAGAGAGAAUGAGGACGCAGUAUGGUAUUUUGCGUACUGAUCGCUCACCUUCUAGGAUGGACUCUUUUGUGAAGACUUUAGAGGAAGAGCGGAAUCAUUAUAAAGCAGAGUUGGAGAAACUGGAGAGAACACUUAAUCUAAGAGCCAGCUCCAGAAACCUUUCCAGACUGGAAUCGAGCAGAAGGCACAGCUCCCCAGACAAGAGCACAGGAUAUAAUUCUGAUCUUUGGCGAAUCACCAGGGAAAGAGAUGAACUGCAGGAGAUGUUGGAUAGGUUUGAAAAGCACAUGGUCGAGAUUCAGUCCAAUGUAAAAGUUCUAACAAUGGAAAGGGAAAAGUUCCGUGGGCUUUUUGAGCAGGCUCAGAAUGAACUGGUUACCGUGAAGCGAGAUCUGUCUCCUCUGCGUAAAAGUAGCUCUUCAGUUAAAGAAUUGCUCCACCUGGAGGAAGAAAGAGAUAUAGUCACAUCUGAUUUGCGCAGAGUUCAAGAGGAAAAUGAGAGUCUCAGGGACAGAAUAAAGGUGCAACAUGAAGAAUCGGCAACGGAAAGAUUCAGAUUUACCCAAAAGAUUGACAACUUGGAAAGCUCGCUAAACAUGCUGGAAAUUGAACGGUCCGAAUUAAAAGCCACUAUAUCCGAGCUGAAGGAAGCGAUGUCGUCUUUAGAAAAUGCAAAUCGAUCACAGUCAGUUAAUUUGGCUCAAACCCUGGAUGACUCUUCGCAGUAUAAAGCUGAACUAAGCUCCCUAAGGUUACUUAAUGAACAACUUCAGAAAUCUUUGGAAGACCUCCAGCAUCGUCUCUCUGUAAAAUUCAACGAAGUGCAAUUAUCACAAGAAGAAAUUGUAGCGUUGGAGGAAAGAAUAGGGGAAUUAAAUCAAAAGGUAUCUGCACAAACCUCGGAAAUAGCCAUGCUAAGAAAUACGGUUUCCGUGUUGGACAAAGAGAAAGAUAAACUACAGGAAAGUGUGGAUGAAAAGACUGAGCGUGUUGCUUGCCUGGAGGACAACCUGGAAAAUAAGGAAAAAAUAAUUGGCAACUUAAGGUUUACUCUUUCAGAAUUGGAGGCCACUGUUGACCAGUUGAAAGAUUCGUUUGGUAACAAAGAUCGGGAAUUAUUAAGCCUCCGCCGCCAGCUUGAUUCCAUUAGUGCAGAUCUUACAGAAAAUGUAAGAUCGAGAGAAAUUUCACUGAAGGAGAAUAGAAGAUUGCAGGAUGACCUUUCUACCAUGACCAGAGAGAAUCAGACAGUGUCUUUGGAGUUAGAAAAUGCAAUGCAUGAAAAAGAAGAACUAAAGUUAAGAGUUCAUGGCUAUAUCUCAGAGGUUGCCAGAAUCGAAACAUUAAUGGCAGCCAAGGAACAAGAGAAUCGAGAGCUUCUAGAUCAGUUCAGAAUGAUGCACAGUCAGGCUGAAGAAUGGGAGAUGAAGGCACAAAACGCUGUAGGCGAGAAUAGCUCUGUAAAAUUGGAGUUGAUGUCUGUUGAUACAGAUAGAAGACAUUUGCGAGAAAGAAUGGAAGACCUGGAGAACGAAGUCCGAGAGCACAUGAAUGCUCACCAGGCUUAUGAAGUUCAGAUAUCAUCCAUGACUAAAACGGUAUCCAAAUUAGAGGAGCAACUUCGACAUGAACUAGAUGAAAAGGCUUUGAUCUUGUCUGAUUUGGCAUCAGUCAGAGAGCUGUGUGUAAAGCUGGACUCUAGCAAAGAGCAAUUCUCCAGGCAGCUAACUGCUCGAAACAUGGACUAUGAAAGAUUAAUGGAUGAAUUGGAGGAUGUGAAAUCAGAAACAGAUCUUCUUAAGAAGCAAUUGUCUAGUGAGAGGCUCACUAUUAAGAACUUGGAGACCUUGUUGGCCACUAAUAGAGAGAGGGAGUUUCAGAGUCAUCUUACCACCCAUGAGAAGGACUCUGAGAUUCAACUGCUGAAAGACAAAUUUACCCUUUCUGAGAGUAAACUCACCUCCCAGUCUCGAGAAGUGGCUAUGCUUCGAAAUAAACUUACACAACUGCAGUCUGACUAUGAUGUUGCAAGACGACAACUCACCACAGAAAAGUUUGAAAGGGAGCGAGCGGUUCAGGAAUUGCGCAGACAUGGGCUUUCCACAUCAUCAGUGCGUACAUCUUCACCACUAACAUCCACAAUGAAAUCACUUUCUCUAUCUCCAGAACGCUCCAUCUUAAGAUCUGUAGAACGAGCUGAUAAAACACCUGAAAAAAGUGUGAGCUUUAAGGAAUGACAGAUGUGAAAACUAAAACCACAGAAGGACCAGCAACAUCACUGUUUGCACAAUGUAUUUUGUAAAAUGGAUGUAAACGGUAUUGCCUGAAAGCAAUCUAUCAUUUCUUUCUGUAAUUAGAUUGCAUUGCCAUGUUUCAGUGCACUCCAGACAUAUACUAUAAAUACCUCAUCUCCACGCACUUAAGCAUAAUUUCUGUCCUGUAGCAGAAUAUUAUGAAGAGCUUACUGGAGUAUCGGUAAAUAAAACGUUUCAUGGGAUUUAUAUGUGGUGCUACAAAUAGUCUGGAAUACAGAAAACAUUCUAUUCCGUCCACAGAACCAUCACGUGUAAAGUCUCUGUAAUAAACAGAAGUCAUACAACAGAAUGUUAUUUCAGUGUUUACAGUAACAGAAUUUUUGGGUUUAAAAUCUGCACUAUACAUGUGUGUCUCUGUAACUUCUAUUUUUCUUUUACCUUGUGUGAGAUGGAAUAAGGCGUGUCUUUAUUGCACUGGGUAACAGAAUGCUUUUAGCAUGAAACCAACUGGCCAGUUCUCCUGAAAUUUUCAUAUUACAAGGAGCAGCCGUGAAGGCAUCAAUUUAAAGCUCAACUCCAGGAUUUUAGCAAAUGUCCUAUUCCCCUCUACUGGUCUAAAAUAAAAAUGAAACCUAGCCAAAUGCCCAUUUUACUUACUUACUUUACUAAGCCACAGUCGCCUGAUGAUCCGUUUUUUCUUCUGUUUGCUUUCUGGGGUUCUUCUUCGGGUGUCUACAUCACUGCCUGCUUGAUGUGGAAACCUCCUAUUGGUGAACGUUUCACUACCAGUGGCCGGGUCCUCAUUUGUAGGCUCCAGAGGCAGGAGAACUCGUGGGGGGACCAGUGCCCAAGAAGAGCAAGAACAAAAAGGCUAGUUCCCCCGGGGCAGGCUUUUGGCUUUGUUUAUACAGGAUUUAUAUAGCAACUGGAUAUAUAUGACCGACUGAUUUAUUGCCAUGCAGAAUGGCUUUAGAAAGAAGUGUUUAAAAUCAAGUCUGAGGAGUUGAUUCAAUUAUUAAAGGAUGACACAAUUCAAUUAUUAAUGGAUAAGUCCAUCCUAAUACUAAAAUCCCUGCAUCUACAGACACCCACAAUCGAAUACUUGCCUAUCUAGCCCUGUAAAGAAGA